AUGUUAGCGACGAGUGCUGCUGCUAAAUUUGCCAACUUACACGAUCAAAGACAGUCUAAAGAAAACAAAUCACAAAGUAGUGUUGCUGAAGCAGAUAGUAGCAGUUCAGCUCCAAAUAAUUCCAUCAAUUCGAUUGAUCAUACUGCAUAUUAUAUCGCAAAGCAUGAUUCUCCAGUUCAUCCAAGUACAUCGGGGGAAAUAUAUGAUCGCCGUAGAAUGCUAAGAAGUAUAUAUUCUUCGAAACGUCCAGCUCCAGCUACUAAUUAUCGCCUUUCUGUUAAGCCGUCAUCCUUUCCCGUCGUACCACUAAAACUGUUGGAAAAACGACCACUCUAUGUAUCAUCGCAAUUCUAUCAGGGUAGAACGUCACAACAAGAACAGAUCGAUGAUUUACAAGAGGAGCUGUAUGGAAUCAAACGAAAUUACGCUGCUGCAUUAAAGGAAAACGUUAUAUUAAAAACGCGUUUAAAACGUUCAAAUAACGAAGUAGUAAAGAAAGAUCGUCAGUUACAGAAUUUGUUGUUUAUUCAGUCUAAAGGAUGCGCAUUCGAUGGCCAACAAGGAAACAUGCUUGCAAUGAAGCAAAAAAUUGUAGUGCUGAAAUCGCUUUUAAAAGAGAAGACCAACGAAAUAAGUCGACUGAAACAUGAUCUUGAAGCAAUGAAAAUACCAAAUCAUCAGGAGUAUAUCGAAUCAGAAUGCAACCAGUUGAAGCGUUAUCUCACCUACAUCACCCCUCCAAUCAACAAAAUAAAGACUGAUGUACGCAGUUUGCCGAAGAGACAAAAAAGCAAUAAUGAUAGAAAAUUGAAAGAAACAGUUAGCUUUCUGGAGAAAGAAAAUCAUAAAAUGCGUUCAAAACUACAAAUUUUCUUUAACUCCUCAAACUGUCCUCCUGAUGGUAAGCUUGACACACAAAUUUGA